AUGAGUGCUGCUGAUUGCAAGGCGCGCGACGCGGCCGAGGCUGCGCGAGCGGCAGCGGCGUCCGAGCUCAAGCAGCAGGCCGACGCGCACGCGCUCGAGCGGAGCAGCGGCGAGGCGCGAAGCCCGACGCGACGCCCCCUGGAUUUCGUUUUCCUUGCGUGUGCGGCGAGUGAGUUCGUGGCGCGCGAGGAGGCGGAGCGAGAGGCGGCGUCCGCGGUGGCCGAGCUGGCGGCGCGCAAGCACCAGCACGUCGAGGAGGCGAGGCUGACGGGCGAGGAGACGGACGCUGCGAUCCGAGCACUGCGGGCGCAGCUCCGAGACGCGCGGGAGCAGCACGAGCGCUCUGCGGCGGAGGCGGAGGCGCUGCUCGGAGAGCAAGAGGAGCUGAGCCGCCGCUACCGCCACGAGGCGACCGAGCUCGCCCAGCGCUCCGAAGGGCUCGUCGUCGAGCUGCGGUCCGAGGCGAGCAGCGAGCGGACUCGCGCCGUCGACGCGGAGCUCCGCGCGGCGCGGCAGGAGCUGUCGCGGCUGCGCGGCGCAGAGGCGCAGCACAGGGCGACGGCGCACGCGUGGGCGUACGAGCGCAAGCAGCUGCUUCGGCAGGCGGACGGGCCGCCGCGCAAGAGCCGCAAGGAGGACCCGCACGCGGCGGCGGUGCGGCAGGUGGAGAAGGCGAUGGCGCGGGCGAGGGUCGCGCAGCAACAGCAGCAGAAGCGCGUGCCGCCGCAGCCGCGGCUGCAGAGCCAGGCAGUGCAACAGUGA